AUGCGUCCCCCCUCGAACCUCCUGACUGCCCUCCUCGUCCUUCACACCAGCAAUUGGGCUGUGCUGGUCUGCACGUCUCGCUUCUGGUUCAACUACCGCCACCUCGCCAACGUGCUCUCCAUCUACCGCACCGUGAAGCGUCUCGGCAUCCCCGACUCCCAGAUCAUUCUCAUGCUGCCUGACGACAUGGCCUGCAACCCGCGGAAUGCUUUUCCUGGCACCGUCUACUCCAACGCCGAUCGUGCUGUCGACCUGUACGGCGACAAUAUCGAGGUCGACUACCGGGGCUACGAGGUCACUGUCGAGAACUUUAUCAGGCUCCUGACCGACCGCGUGGGCGAGGAGACCCCGAGAAGCAAGAGACUGCUGACCGACGACCGGAGCAACAUCCUCGUGUAUAUGACGGGCCAUGGCGGCAACGAGUUCUUGAAAUUCCAAGACGCCGAGGAAAUUGGCGCUUUUGACCUUGCCGACGCAUUCGAGCAGAUGUGGGAGAAGAAGAGGUACCACGAGAUCCUCUUCAUGAUCGACACCUGCCAGGCCAACACGAUGUACACGCAGCUGUAUUCGCCCAGGAUCAUCGCGACGGGCUCAUCGGAGCUGGAUCAGUCAUCGUACUCGCACCAUGCCGACAACGACGUGGGCGUCGCUGUCAUCGACAGGUACACCUACUACAACCUUGAGUUCCUCGAGACGCACGUGGGCGACCUCAGCAGCAAGAAGACGCUGGGCGAGCUGUUCGACAGCUACACCUACGAGAAGAUCCACUCCAACGCCGGCGUGCGUUACGAUCUAUUCCCGGGUGGCGAGGACGCCGCCCGGUCCAGACUCGUGACUGAUUUCUUCGGGAACGUCCAGAAUGUCGAGGUCGACGGUACCAAGAACUCCACGCUAGAAGAGGACCUGUUAGGGCUGAGUAGGCACAUCGCCGAGCUGCGGCGGAGGGCCGAUGCCCAGGACGAGACGCACUCCCAGCAAGGAAACGCCUCGCAGGGAGAGAAGAGGUGGGAGACGGCGGCAGCACCAAUCCACAAGAUACAGGCUGCCAAGCCAUUGACAGAUGACAAUUGGUGGACCAAGAAGCUGCUGGGGGCGGUUGUCCUGGGAGGCUGUGUUUCAUUAUGGGGUCUGGGUUCUUUUUUCGAGAAAUCUGGUAGGUCAUAA